AUGUUGUCGUCUUCGGACCACGGCCCUCCAAGAGCACAUUUCUCGAAGAGAAAUCUUGCUUCAGAUCUUGCCAGAAUGCAGAUUCCGUUCCAGCUUCGGCUACCAAUCGCGGUCGCAAUCUUUGCUGCUACUACAUCGUCAGCCGAGUGUACGCGUGAAGGUCUUCUCACAACCGCACAGUCAUAUCUAGCGGCGCAGACAGCGGGUAAUCCUAGCACUCUCAGCCUCGCAUCCACCAACUUCACAUACCUCCAAAACAACAGGGCUUCCGACAUUGCGACUGGUCUUCUCUCGAUACCCUUCAUUAUUGAUCUCAACCGCUCCACCGCCGAUAUCGCAGCAUGCGCCAGCUACACAAUGUGGAUCAGCGCAUCUGGAACCAAACCGCAUGUCGUUGGCACACAGAUCCGCCAUACAGAUAACGACACGUCGAUCAUCAGCUCCAUCGACACUGUAGCCGCCACGACAGGCGACCUGUUCUUCGAUGCUGCGAAGACCCUAUCCUACAUCCGCGCGGAAACCUGGUCCACCCUUCCAGCCUCCUCGCAGCCUUCUCGUGCUCUUCUCAAAUCUAUCGGCGAUGCGUAUCUCGACAUGUGGACAAACGCUACUGCUGCCGACACUAUUCCUUGGGGUACACGAUGUGAAAGAGUAGAGGGAAGCAUGUAUACGAAUCCCUGUGGAGGCAGUCUACCGCAUGGAGGGAGUCAGAAGGUUAAUGGAAUGAGGCGGUAUGUCAUUGAUGAGACAAUUGGGAGCGUGCAAGUCAGUUGUCAGUUUGAUAGCUUAGGGCCUUGGCCUGACAGUCACGAGAUCAGAGUUGAGGAGGGGAAAGUUAGGUAUGUGCACACUGUGACUGUGCUGAAGGGAGUCGGUUCUUGA